AUGUGGAUUCGGAGUUUUUUAAUCGGCCGCUCUCAAGCCGUCCACGUCAGUGACCAGCAAUCUGCCGAGGUUGCCGUUUGGAUUGGUGUUCCCCAAGGCUCUGUUCUUGGCCCUAAACUGUUCCUCGUAUACGUCAAUGACUGCGCAAACGAACUGAAUUGCGAUGUUGCAAUGUUUGCCGAUGACAUAAAGAUCUGGAGUACCAUACGAAGCGAAGUUGACGAGGCGCGACUGCAGACAAAUCUGGACCACCUCGAGCAAUGGUCAAAAGACUGGCUUCUACCGUUCAACGUAAACAAGGGUAAUUUCCUACGCGUCGGCAGGACCAGUUCUCCUAACCGCACGGUCUACCGUCCAACUGGCAAACCACUGCAAGAAGUCGACGCCCAGAAGGACUUGGGUGUACGGAUCACAACCUUGCUUAAGCCUUCGCUGCAAUGUUCAAAGGUGGCCAAGUCAGCGAUGUCCAUUCUAUACCUCAUCAAACGGGCGUUCUCCUCCUUUGAUGAAGAGUGUUUCGCAAAGGCCUUUCAAACUUUCGUGCGACCGCAUCUGGAGUUUGCUAUCCAAGCAUGGAGAUCCUGGACCGCUAAAGACUUCGGCAUACUUGAAAAAGUUCAACGGCGAACAACGAAACUUGUAUCUGGGCAGUGGUCACUGCCCAACGAAACACGAUUAGCCAAUCUUGACCUCUUUCCUUUGAGUUACAGACAGCUACGUGGGGACCUGAUACAAGCUUUCCGCAUUGUGCGCAAUCAGGGCUGCUGCCCCGCAUCUGAAGACUUCUUCGAGUUGACGACUACGACUAACCUGAGAGACCACCCACUCAAACUGCGUGUGACUGGUGCCCGGCCAGACACACAAAAGUUCUUCUUCAACAGAGUGGUUGUAGCUUGGAAUACUUAGCCUGAAGAUGUUGUUAUGCCGGGAUCCGUAGAUACUUUUAAACGGAGGUUAGAUCAACUUUGGAGCGCGCACCACAAUAACGCCGGACUACGGUCACCUUGAUGGCCAACGCUGACAAUUUAGUGUCAUGACGAUGUCACUACCAACAUUCAAGUAACAUGUGUUUAUGUAAUGUAUUAAUUUUGGACCACGUCGCACAUCGCUGCUCGCAUUCACCACGAUGCCUGUAGACUAAAAAAUGUUACUUCUUUUCCUGUAUCUUAAGUGUGCUUCAACUGUCUACUGCAUUUAAUCAACAAACCAAGUUCAUGUGCGUCUAAAUUCAGUUAACGUAUGUCAUUCUGUGGCCAUCUGUACAGUUUUUGUUAUUCCUCUUGUAUCUCUUUCAUGCUACUUCCUUUCCAUUUUCUCUGUAUACUUCCUCUGCAUGUAACCAAUAGGGAUUUCGAAGGUACACACCUACUUUCUUUUGAAAUACAUUGAUACUGAUACUGAAAAAAAUAAAAGACUUUAAUUUUCAUGAAAACGAAAUGCGAGAUGAUUUCAAUUCCCAGGAUGACUAAGGAAUAAAAAUAAAACUAUAAAUAGUUAGAUAAGUAUCGAGAUUUGGAGGUUAUAAGCUAGUUUUUUUCCUAUUUAAUCGGAGAUGUAAAAAGUUUGUGUUUAGAUGGACUCUGUAGGCUGCUUCUAAGGGGUCUGCGAGUAUGCACCAAAAAACCCUUCUGUGUUCUAUGCGCAAAUCUUACGUGUCACCACCUGAAUACUGCUCAGAAACAGAGCUCCUGCUACAUGGUACUGACCAGUGGAAUAAAUUGGAUAGGAAGAGGGCUACUGUACUUGUGCGUGCAGUUAUCCUGUGAGGAUCUCACUCCACGUCUACGUUAAGUUAUGUCAGUUAAAGAGAGCCGUCGCUUAGGCUAGGCUUCGAAGACAUUUCCAACGAAAAAGUUCCAAAGAUCCACAUGAGGUAAAGCUUAAGACCGUGUCGUCCGAAAAUAACCUGAUAUAUUUAGGGAACUGAGUACCUCCCAGUCCUUUCUAAAAUGUGCGUCUAUUGCAUUGGGUUUGUUUUAACCUGAUGCUGUUCACUUUUUGAAUCGGUCAGCGAGCACGCAUUUUUCAUCCUCCUUGGCAUAUACCGAAGGUAGUUCGCAUGAUAUUUCCUGUUUGUGAUUUUAUGUUUGAUGUCACAGAUGCAUGGCAAUUUCGGGGACCGACGGCCUAUUAAAUUUAUUGGUAUUUAUUCCCGACUUCGUUGUGCCAGUAGAGACGCACCCUUUGGUGUCUUGAAUUGGGACAUAUUCCCACUUAGUCCACAGCAAAGAGGCAAACACUUAACAGUGGAUUGCAUUACGCAGUUGCAUUGAACGUUUUCAUUUACUGGCUCCACGAGAUGGCAGGCCUUGAGGUGGAGAUCCCAGUCAUACUCUAGGAUAAGGGAAUAGCCCUUUGUGCCUCUUUGGCUGCUGUUUUAGGCUGUUUUUAGUUAGUCGGAUGGAUUGUUUGAGUUGUACUGCUUCUAUCUGGUAUGUUUCAAGAGGUUCUCCGGAAGUAGCGCGUCACCUAACACCACAGAGUUGCCUGUGUCUCAUGACCGCGACGCCUUUAUCCGCAAACAGUGCUUGCGAUACUUAUUCUGCUUCCAGCUGAAUUUCGACCUCGAGUUCAACGAUACCGCAGAGUUAUCCCUUCCAGUCUCGCCCACCUCUUGGCUUGCGUGUUUUCCUGCCGGGCUCGUCGACCUGCUAAUAAUUCCUUUAUCUUUAUUGGCGACUGAGAUCACUUCAUUCACAAAUACAGACUCGGAUGUGCCUAUUUAACCGGCCACGAAGACUUAAAUAGGGUCACAUUUUAGACCAGCGCAAUAUUUGCACUGUUCACUUUUUACGCCCAGAUGACGCGCAUGGUCGCGACUGCUGACAUGAGGCUCUUUGGGAAAUGGUCGACGGAGAACGUCCAGUCUCCUGAAAUGGGUUUAGGUGACCACAUGGCUAUCUACAAGCAGCACCCCCUGCUGCCUCACACAGCCGGUCGUUAUCAGACAAAACGCUUCCGCAAAUCCCUCUGUCCUAUCGUGGAGCGCGUUUGCAACUCUCUCAUGAUGCACGGUCGCAACAACGGCAAGAAGAUUAAGGCCCUCAACAUUCUGAAGCACGCUUUUGAGCUUAUCAAUCUUCUUACCGGUGAGGUACGUCACCCCCUUGAAAGUGCUGAUUUUGUUCGAAUCUCUGGCUUAUUAUUUUAAAUUAAUGGGUCAUAUCGUAGCCUAAUUUAAGCUGCCUCUAUUUUUCCCAAUCUGUUUUGGGAUUUUAUGCUUCGGAAACCGGUUUCGAUGACGUCUCAUAGGUUUGCGCGAUUAAGUGUAAAUUGUGUAAUCCCUUUCCACACCCAGAACCCCAUCCAGGUGAUGGUGAAUGCUAUUGUGAAUAGCGGUGCUCGCGAGGACUCUACUAGAAUCGGUCGUGGAGGCACUGUUCGUCGUCAGGCCGUGGAUGUCUCGCCUCUCCGUCGUGUCAACCAGGCCAUCCAAUUGCUUUGCACUGGUGCACGCGAAGCCGCUUUCCGCAACGUCAAAACCAUCGCCGAGUGUCUUGCGGACGAGCUUAUCAACGCAUCUAAAGGGAGUUCCAAUUCCUAUGCUAUAAAGAAGAAGGACGAGUUGGAACGUGUUGCAAAGUCAAACCGAUAA